AUGAAUGCUGGUAAAACUGAAAAAACAGUUGGUCAAUCAAUGAUCUGGAGGGAAGUUGGUAACAAAGAAUACACUACUGCAAAAAAUAAAGAUUAUUUACGCAAAUCAAUUGAAGCAUACACCGAGAGUAUUGCUUUUGCACCACUUGGAUCCAAAGAAUUGUCAUUGGCUUAUGCAAAUCGUUCAGCUGUAUUGUUCAAAGCAAGACUCUAUGAAGAUUGUCUUCUUGACAUUGAACGUUCAUUAAAGGCAGGCUAUCCAGAUAAAUUAAAAACAAAAUUAUUUUUACGUCAAUUAUUGUGUUUCAAGGCCUUGAAACCAAACUCAGAACUUGAACCAAGUAUUUCAAUGGCUAAUGCAACACAAUGGCUUCCUAAUUUAAAAAAAUAUAAUCCAAAAUACGACAUCAUCAAAGAGUAUCCAAAGAUGAUCAAUGAACUUGAAGAACCACGUGAAAUUAUUAAAUUUAUACCAGAAAUAGAAAAUGAUAAUGCAAUUAUAGUUGGUGCAUCUGAUGCAAUUGAAUUGAAAAAAACAAAUGAAAAUAAUCAACAUAUUGUUGCAACAAGAGACAUCAAAUCUGGUGAAUUUAUUUACAUUUCUGAGCCAUUUGCACUAACUGUUAGUUAUGAACUACGUUUUACUAAUUGCUGGCAUUGUUGUCGUUCAACUUGGGCUGGUGUACCAUGUGAUAAUUGUCCUACUAUCAUAUAUUGUAGUGACACAUGUAAAAAAAAAGCAUGGGAUAGUUAUCAUAAUAUUGAAUGUUUGGUAUUAGGAGAUCUUUUAAAACCAGAUGCAUUAACUACAGAGUUUAUUUUGCCAGUAAAACUUUUUUUUAAGUCACUAAACUUGGCUGGUGGUUUGCUUGAAUUAAAAAAAAAAGUUGACGAUAUUGACUCGAUGAAAAAUCAAGGAUCGAUAUUGACUAAUGGUAUUCUUGAUGUUAAUACAUUUGAUAAUUUUCAUCUUAUAGAUUAUUUUAAACCAACAUCAAAUAUGUGUAGCUCUGAAUUAGCAUUUUUUGUGGUAGUGCUUGUUCCAAUCCUUUGUCAAAAAACAGAUAUAUUAGGUAAAAAAAUGACAGCUAAAUAUUUGAUCGAAAAUAAAAAUGAAAAACUCUUAAUGUUGGGAGAAUUACUUUUGCGUUAUAUGAUGAUUGUUAAUCGCAGUGGCCAAUCGGUAAUUCAUUAA